CUGGGCCAAGAGCGAGCAGCGCCCAGUUAACAGGCGAACGCCGAGCAUCCAACAGCUCCCUCAAAAAGCAAAAAAAGCUAUAUCGCUCAUCAGAAAGCAAAGUCAGAGCUGAGAAAAGAUUUAGUUCGGAACGGAAACAAAGCUUGACAAGUGCAAAUAAUUAAAAGCAGUUAACUAAAGUGCACGCAAAAUGAGCAAAAUACCCAUUCAUAACACUAACCAAGUUAAACAAACUAACGGUAAUGGUAAAGCUAACACUAUGGAAGAUAAACUGGAUCCCAAGGUCUCGAUCGAUAUGGAGGCCCCUGAGUUCAAAGAUUUUGCCAAAACAAUGGUGGAUUUUAUUGCCGAAUAUCUGGAGAACAUACGCGAAAGACGCGUUCUGCCGGAAGUGAAGCCCGGUUAUCUGAAGCCACUCAUCCCGGAUGCUGCCCCAGAAAAACCAGAGAACUGGCAGGAUGUGAUGCAGGACAUUGAACGGGUCAUCAUGCCGGGAGUGACUCACUGGCAUAGUCCCAAGUUCCAUGCCUAUUUCCCCACGGCCAACUCUUAUCCGGCGAUUGUGGCCGACAUGCUGAGUGGAGCCAUUGCCUGUAUCGGGUUCACCUGGAUAGCCAGUCCCGCCUGCACCGAACUGGAGGUCGUCAUGAUGGACUGGCUGGGCAAGAUGCUGGAUCUGCCAAAAGAGUUCCUGGCCUGCUCCGGCGGCAAGGGAGGCGGUGUCAUCCAGGGCACCGCCAGUGAGUCCACAUUGGUGGCUCUUCUCGGAGCCAAGGCCAAGAAAGUUCAGGAGGUCAAAGCCCAGCAUCCGGAGUGGGAUGAGCACACCAUUAUUGGCAAGCUGGUGGGCUACUGUUCCGACCAGGCUCACUCCUCUGUGGAGCGUGCUGGACUCCUUGGCGGUGUCAAGCUGCGAUCCGUGCCCUCGGAGAACCACAGGAUGCGCGGUGAUGCCCUGGAGAAAGCCAUCCAACAGGAUCUGGCUGAUGGUUUGAUUCCAUUCUACGCUGUGGUGACCCUCGGCACCACCAACUCCUGUGCUUUCGAUUACCUGGAUGAGUGUGGACCUGUUGGAAACAAGCACAAGGUCUGGAUCCAUGUGGAUGCCGCCUACGCCGGCUCGGCGUUCAUUUGCCCGGAGUACCGCCACCUGAUGAAGGGCAUUGAGUUCGCAGACUCUUUCAACUUCAACCCACACAAGUGGAUGCUGGUGAACUUCGACUGCUCGGCCAUGUGGCUCAAGGACCCCAGCUGGGUGGUGAAUGCCUUCAACGUGGAUCCCUUGUACUUGAAACACGACAUGCAGGGCUCUGCUCCGGACUAUCGCCAUUGGCAGAUUCCCUUGGGACGUCGUUUCCGCGCCUUGAAGCUUUGGUUCGUCCUCCGUUUGUACGGAGUGGAGAACCUCCAGGCCCACAUCCGCAGGCACUGCAACUUUGCCAAGCAGUUUGGUGAUCUCUGCGUGGCAGACUCCAGAUUCGAGCUGGCCGCCGAGGUCAACAUGGGUCUGGUCUGCUUCCGGCUGAAGGGCAACAACGAGCGCAACGAGGCUCUCCUCAAGAGGAUCAACGGACGUGGCAAUAUUCACAUGGUUCCGGCCAAGAUCAAGGAUGUUUACUUCCUCCGGAUGGCCGUGUGCUCGCGCUUUACCAAGUCCGAGGACAUGGAGUACUCCUGGAAGGAGGUGAGCGCCGCUGCCGAUGAAAUGGAACAAGAGCAGUAAAGGAUAACAAUAAAGGGUCUGUUCCGGAUUUUAAAUAUUUCGAAUUUAAGAGAAUAUUUUAGAUGAUCCUAAAGCUAAAAAAGAAAAUGAUUUAAGGAACAUAUUCAUUCAUUUAACAUAUUUUUAAGUAUUGAGGAAUAUGAUUGUUAUAUUUUAAGAGCAAUUUCAUAUUUUCAUUAAAAAACAAACCUCAUUUUAAAUUUAAAACAAACAUAUGAAAGGAAAACAAUGGACCAAUAAUGAAGAUAUUCUAUAAUUUGUUUUUAAAUUAAAAAACAAAUAAGAUAAAAAGUUAACAAAAAUAUCAAACAUAUUCUGAAACCGGAACAGACUCUAGAAGUAUUUGGAAUCGCGACAUGUUUAGGGAAUUUACAUCGCAACAAAAAAUGUGGAGGCCUCGAAAAGGACCUCCCAUUGACCCCUUAGCUCUAUAGUAUCCUCUCAUUAUAUUGUUGUUGUUGUUAAUGUCUUUAUUGUUAACAUGCUACGUCUAAUUAAAAUAUAUAUGUGUAUUUGCUUAAAACUACAAAA